AUGGGCCGGAGCAAGCCUGUACCGCAGCCGCUUACGCUGCCGCCCAGCGACGACUCUCGUGGUGAAACUGUCCCCAAUUCCGCUCGACUGACGACGGCUUCGCCCCGAUCCCCGCGCUCCCCUUUCCGCUUCGGCCAAAAAAAGUCUGAGAACGCCGGAGAGCCUCUGCAGCUUGCCGACGUCUUGCACCAGCCUGAGAAGCAGAGUCCAAUUCACAAUCACCAACACGAACACCAGCUUCAGCAGCAACAACAACAACAACAGCAGCAGCAGCAGCACCAGCCGCGGCCCCAAUACCAGCCCUCAGUCCAAGCCCAGAGCCAACCACACGUCAAUUCACCAGGCCAAGCCCCGCUCCCUACUGAGCAACUAGCUGAGAAACGCCCCCUUGACCACACUCCCACCUCCUCGCCGCCAUUGCACUCACCAGGAGACCGGACUGCCGACCAACAGAAUCGACUGCCCAACCAGCCCCCGCCGCACCUUGGCCACAGAAACCCGCGGCACGACGACGACAAGGCUUCAAAGUCGAGUUUCUUCUUCAACUUUGGAAAGGCGGCCAGGCCGUCGGACCGUCCCUCCACACACCAACACUCAGACUCCCGCGCUGAAACUAUGUCAAGAGAUUCUGAACAUUCCACGCCUUCGAAUCAGAGCACUAAGCAUUCGGAACCACCCCAGCAGGAGACCUCAGCGCAAAGAUCCAUUCCCCAGUUGCCGUCCAGAUCUCAAGUGUCACUAGCCUCGUCUGCCGAUCACGAUAGCCAAAACAAUUCCGCCAACGCCUCCGGCUCGAAAAAGCACAAACCAAAGCCCUUCAACCUACUGAGCCGAAACAGAUCGUUCAAGGACAAGGAAAACAAGGAGACCAAGAGCAGUCCGAGCCCCAGGGAACAGACUCUGGCACCAUUAAAAGCCGGCGACUCGGAGAGGCUUGCCCCUCUGAAAACUGCCCCGCUCCAGGCACACGACCGAUCGUUCCGCGACAUGAUGUCCUCGGCGGUCCGCAACCAUUCGGCGGAAAGGCCGCAGGCGAGAGAGAUUGGCGGAGGAAAGGGAAGGGACCAAGAUGGGGGACAUCGAGGCUUGCCUUCCUCUCUAAGAGAGGCGGGCGGAUCCGCAUUUUUCAGUAAUCUCAAGAACAGCAAAGCUGCCGGCAUUAUCAGCACCCGUUUGUUCGGCAAGGACAGCAAGAACGAGCCCCCAGUACCAAGAGAGCCAUUGAUAGAUGACGAGAGUUAUGUGCUCAAAGUCAUCAACCUGCCUCUCGUGGAGCAGACACGGUUGACCAGGAUAUCAAAGCGGCUGGAGGAUUCGCGAGACAAGACGGAGUUCUGGAUGCCCGCCUUCCCAUGGAGAGCGAUUGACUACCUUAACUAUAAAGGAAGUGACGUAGAAGGAUUGUACCGGGUACCAGGCAGUGGACCGCAAAUCAAGAAGUGGCAAAGGAAGUUCGACGAAGAACUCGAUGUUGAUCUGUUUGAGCAGCCGGAUCUUUACGACAUCAAUAUUAUUGGGUCGAUGUUGAAGGCUUGGUUACGAGAGUUACCUGACGAGCUGUUUCCCAAAUCAGCCCAAGACAGGAUCGCCAGAGAAUGCGCAGGCGCAGAGACGGUCCCCCAGCUGCUCAUCGACGAACUUUCGAACCUUUCGCCUUUCAACUACUACCUCUUGUUUGCCAUCACGUGCCAUCUCAGUCUGUUGCUUGCCCACUCCGACAAGAACAAGAUGGAUUUCCGCAAUCUCUGCAUUUGCUUCCAGCCCUGCAUGAAGAUUGAUGCCUUUUGCUUCAAGUUCUUGGUGUGCGACUGGCGCGAGUGCUGGAAGGGCUGCAAGAACGAGGCCAAGUACAUCGAGGAGGAGUAUGCGCUCUUUGAUCAGCCACCACCUAUGCGAGCUAUCGGCGAGGCGAGGAGGAACGGAGCUCCCCUGAAUGAGGAACACAAGCCAGAACCCCACAGGCCAGAGCCCCGGAAUAUUUCGUCAUCGAACAGCAGCAAGAGCUCCAUCAGAGGCGCGGCCGACAACCAACAGCCGCAGCAAAAGCAAUCACGACCAAAGAAGAAGGCGCUGCCGGAGAUGACAUAG